ACUCCUCAGCCCACCAAUGACAAGUGAACACUGCGAUAUCAAUGCAGUCACCGGAGAUAGGUAUCGGAUAGAUUUCCAAAAUAGGUGACAUUUUAGCCUAGUUACAGAGCUGGACACAGAUGGAUAAAAUGGUGUCAUUUACGCAAACUGGCGAAACCUCGAACAGAAUGUGCAAACGGAGGAAAAUGAACAGCGGUUCUCAAUCUCCAUCAAGGGAGAAUGUAUCCCCACACGGAGACCAAAGCGAGGAGACUUCGUGCACCCCUGAGCGGAGACCGCGGGCGGAGAGGGUCAGAAAGCAAAACAUCAUUUCUAAACUGUCAGACUCUGGUUUCGAAGAGGACUUUCUAUCUCCGACCCGGACCCCAUCGCCGGUUCGGAGAAAUCGGUGUCCGGUAACAGUUGAAGACGCACUGACACCAGGGAAUUCCAACAACAGACUGUUGUUUAAUUGGUAUCAACACUACGGCGAGAUUGGUUAUCAGAUACAGAAACUCAAAGAGCCCCAGUUUCAUCCAGUCAACUGUUUGUCUCGACAACCGCAGGUGACAGCCGAGUCACGGUGUAAGCUCAUCAGCUGGCUCAUCCCCGUACACAGAUACCUGCGUCUGUCCUUUGAGUGUUACAGCCUGGCGGUCAACAUCAUGGAUCGCUUCCUGGUUUCCACCCCCGUGGCUGCUGACUGCUUCCAGCUACUGGGGGUCACCGCCCUGCUGCUCGCCUGUAAACAGGUGGAGGUGUUUUCUCCUCGGAUCAGCCAGCUCCUGUCUCUGUGUUGUGAUGCGUUCUCCAGAGAACAGCUGUGUAACCUGGAAUGUCUCAUCCUGCUCCGCCUCAACUUCCGCCUGGCUGCACCAACCAUAGCCUUCUUCCUGGACUUCUACACCAAUCACAGCCUGGCUGGCCAGCAUACGGGCAGGGACGGAGUCAGCAACGUUAGCCAUAGGCUGCCUGAGGAUAAGGAUGAGGAAGUGAAGAGGAGAAAGAGGGUCAGCAGAUUGGCUCUUAGGGUGUGUGAGCUCACUCUGGCCGACUACGCCUUCAAUAAGUACACACCAUCCCUGACCGCCCGCUGUGCACUGGCUCUGGCCAAUCAACUGCUGAGAACCAGCCAGGGCCUAGAGGAGCCAGCCAAUCAGCUGCUGAGGAUCAACCCUGAGGGCCCUGAGGAAGAGCCAAUGGACCAAUUCCUGACAGCCGAGCUCAUAUAUGGCCACGCCUCCUCGCAAGAGGACCAUUCUCUGAGUGAUCCUGCCCACUCAGAGAAUGACCAUUCCCACCCAACCUUAUCUGAGACUAUUAAUCACGCCUGUAUUGACAAUGACUCCUCUCUUUCAGUUGUUGGUCACCUCCUAUCUGUGAAUGACUCCACCCAGUCAACGGAUGACCCUUCUCCAUCUGGGAACACAUCUACCCUGGUUGAGGGAGACCAGACUCAUGCUCCUCUGGCCCAGAAUUGUAGAGAGGGAGACCAGACUCAUGCUCCUCUGACCCAUGAGUGUAGAGAGGGAGACCAGACUCAUGCUCCUCUGACCCAUGAGUGUAGAGAGAGAGACCAGACUCAUGCUCUCUCCCAAGAGUGUUUAGACAACCUAAGAUUGUUGGUGUCACUCAACAAGGAUGCACUACAGGCCAUGAUAACUCUGACAACACAGUGACUGUUGGCAUGUGUCAACCCUAUGUUAGUUGAAUGCACUGUUGUUGUUGAUGUAUAUGUGACUGAAAACAACCAGUGUACCUCAAGAAAUGAAAGACCAAACCUUUGAUUUCCAGUCAAAAGUGCUGCUACCCCCUGCACUUGUGGGGUUGGUGGUUGACAAUCUAACUGUCACUGAGUUUUUUUUUUUCAAUUAUUUAAUUUCUGGAAAAGACAGUUAUCAGAUUGUGCCUAUAAACUGUGAACAAUGCCAGUGGACGGCAUUGUAUUGUCAUCAGAGUACUGUUUACUAUACUGUACUGUAUGUAGAGGAUGUCUUGGUCUUUAUUUAUACUUGUACCAUGUUCAGUAACUUAUUGAAGUCAUUGUACUGUAAGAUGCAUUGAGUGAGAAACCUACUGUAGCUGUUUCUCCAACUGUCCUGAGAUUGUACCGAUCCUGGCUGUUCUACAUUUACAUUACAUUUAAGUCAUUUAGCAGACGCUCUUAUCCAGAGCGACUUACAAAUUGGUGCAUUCACCUUAUGUUCUGUUGACCAAUGUUACACGAGCCUUUAUUGGUAUGCAAUGAACAAUGAUGUGACAGCCCAUUUUUAA